CUCGCCGCAACUUUUCUCGCCUGUGCUGUGGAGCAGCAGCGGAGCACACUCACACACUAACACGGCCGGCGCAUCCUGCAAGUUUAAACAAAAGAAACUUUGUGCCAAUCGCUCCAAAACGGACGGUGCAGUAAUGACCGAGGGACUCUGAACGCAUCCCUGUCUGUCUGAAAAGACAAGACGAGAGUUUUGUUGGACUAUGAGCGAAUUUUUGGGCUUUGCCGAGCAAAGCAGACGAUCUUUUUUUGACAACUUUACGUCCUUUUUUAAACAUUUUUGGAUGAGAUUCUUCUGGUUGUGACCUUUUUCCUUCCAUCGUUCAUCACACGAAAAAUCCUAGGAUGGGACCACUUCUCGUCUGCGUGGUUAUUCUACUCAAAGCUGUCUCUGGUGAUGCUUGCGCCAGCGGACAGUUGACUGAAUCUGGCGAGUGUUGCAGUGUUUGUCCCGCUGGCUUUGGAGUGAUGGUGGAGUGCGGUAAAGAAGAUACCAAAUGCACGCCAUGCCCACAGGGAACGUUCUCCUCCUCCGAAGACCUCGGCCGUUGCCUCCCGUGCUCAAAGUGCCCGUACGGCGUCCCCACUUUUGCGGCGUGCUCCGCCGUCGAAGACACACAAUGCGAAUGCGACAGCGGCUUCUUCUACUUUCGAGCAUAUGGCCUGUGCGCGCCUUGUUCCAAAUGCAAGCGUGGCGAGGGGGCGGCGCAGGAGUGCGGUCCCAAAGGAGACACACAGUGCCGGCUCUGUGGCCCGGGAACCUUCUCUGAAGAGCACGCUAACACCAAACCGUGCCAGAGCUGCACCCAGUGCACGGAGAGCGAGGUGGAGAUCCGGGCCUGCAUGCCUAACUCGGACACACUCUGCAUGGAUAAAAAGCUGCACAUUCUCUCCGAUGGUUCCCGCGACUCUCUGAGCAAGUCCGGUAUAGAAGAUGUGACGCCAGGCGCAGAAAGUUUUGCUCCAGGGACCCCCAAGUUCACCCCCCAGGGUGAGAAAAGCAGCAACAACAUCCUGGUUUACGUGUCCGUGCUGGCCGCGGUGGUCCUCGGCCUGCUCGUCUACGUGGCUUACAAGUGCUGGCGAUCGUGUAAACAGAAGAAGGCCCUGUCAAAGAUGCGCGCUGCCGAGUUGGGAGCGUCUCCAGAGGGAGAGAAGCUACAAAGUGACAGUGGAGUUUUUCUCGACUCGCAAAGUCUGCAAGACAAUCAGCCCUGCAAAGGUACAAAAAGGGACAGCAAGCAGGACACCCGUCUGUACAUCAACCUGGCGCCCGCCAGACAGGAAGAAAUCGAGCGCCUCCUGCAGGAAGGAGCGGGCGGCGGCUGGCGGCAACUGGGUCAGGCGCUGGGGUAUGAAACCGAACAGCUGGACCUGUUUGGGCAUGGCGAGGCCCCCGCGCACACCCUGCUCUCCAACUGGGCUCUGAAAGAAGGCUCCACUCUGGGACUGCUGUGUUCGGCGCUGGCUCGCAUCGAGAGGUCCGACGUGGUCUCGGCUAUAAACUGCCCCACGCAGGGUGUCUCGGUAGUUUGAUGCGGUGCCCCCGCCACCCACCCAACCACACCCCCCCACACACACACACACACGCACACACAGGCCCACUCACGCCACUCAGACUAUCGAGCAUGCCAGUGGUUGUUUGGUGGUCCUGAAAAUUUCAGAUUCUUUCUAAUCAACAGAAAAAAAGUAUUACACCCACAAAGUGCCAUUUUACUGAAGGAUUUCCACAAGUGCCUUAAUCAGAACAAUUUCCUUUCAUUUUCAUCUAUAAUAACCUCCACAGGCUACAUAAUGUAUCUACAAUUGCAACCGUCAAUGUGGACUAUUCAUUCAUUUGUAAUAUUCUGGACAUUGUUCUUUUUUAUUUUCUUUCCAUGUAUAAGGCCGACACAGGAGCCCAUUUUUAAGUCAUCCAUGCCUACAAAGAGAUUCAUAGUUAAUAUGAGAAUUUCUCCCAAAAGGCCUCUUGUUUGAACACAUGACAAUAGAGAAAGACUGAAUACUAGAUUGCAUGCAUAAAGGAGAUCAUUGUUGACAUAAAACACUUAAAAUGUCCGUAUCGGCGUGUGACAUGUUCUAUUGUUUUGUUCUGCAUUGGUAUUUCAAAAACAGCAAAUUUCAAGAAUGAGGCAGUUUAAUGGCUGAGAGUAACACUACUUAGAGCUCUUCCUCGCCGUGAUUGUAAAUAUUCAAAAUGUUUUCUAGCAGUAACACACGGCGAGUUUCAGAUGAUGAGAACUGACGAAAGGGAUUACGACUGAACAUCUUCCCUUUUCACUUCCUGUAUUUAUUUUACGACCAUUUCAAGUUUGAACCUUUCCGUGCUACGACACUUUGUGAUGUCUUCAGAUGGUUUCGUUCCAUUUUCUAAUGCCAGUCAUGUAUGGUAUUUUUAUUUUUUUUUUGUCUUUGUCCUUUUAUUUUUUUUGUCAUUCAAUGAAUAAAUCAUUUGUAAUGAAAACGGAA